AUGCAGCAGCAGUUUGUGAUUGAACAUGUUGAUGAUGGUAGUCCAGGGCAAGAUUAUGAUCCCACCAAUGUACACGACAACACAGAGAAUGACAGUUUGCAAGAUGAAGAUGAAUUGGAAACAAAUAGACUGAGAUGGAAAAAAGCCAGAAACCAGGUUUUUGCCAACUACCUACCCUACUAUAACAUUCUUGCCAAAGCGGCGGAGACAUCCUUUGCAUCAUUCUGUGAAGUGCAGAAGGGCUUUCCUGAGUUUGUAAAGAAGGUUGUUUCGCUUUCUCGAGAAGAGGAAGAAACUAGAAAUGGUGGGGCAAUUGAUACUUCUAUGGGCCUCCCCACUGAUCGAGCAAAAUCGAAUCGGCGACGAAAGCCAUUUUACAGUCCUGACCGUAGAAGUGAUACCAGAAGUACAAAAGAAAGGCAUGACCAAGGCAGCAAGUCCACGGAUCAGAACGGGGACAAGUCCCCGGAUCAGAACGGGGACGAGACCACGGAUCAAAAUGGGGACAAAACAUUGUCGUUUUAG